CAAUUAUUCUCAUUAUAAUGUCUCAAUCAUUACCUAUUCACGUAGAAUCGAGAAAAUUGUUUGUUUUACAAUAAGUUAAUCAACUUGAAGCUCUCCUUAAUAAAUGGAUCACUUCAAAUAACCUCAAUGAAGAAAAUAUUCAUUCAUCUCAUAUUGAAGAAUAAUUGACUCAAAGUCAAACAGCAACUCAUAUUUCUCAUUUUUAAGGAUUCCUCACUUAUUUAAGAUCUCUUAGUAAUGAGGAACUUGCUUGCCAUACAAUUAAAUCUCUCUAACAACACUUUGAUUAUAUGUAAUAAGUUUUAGAGAAUGAAGUCAAGCUCUAUCAAUAACGACAAUUUCUCAAAGAUCAAGAAAAAUAAGAUGAGAAAAAGGGUCAUAAAUUUUCUAAGAAAUCAAAUUUAAUUCUCAAAAAUUGGUUAUAUAAACAUUUCUCUUACCCAUAUCCAACUAAAGAAUAAACUUUAUAAUUAGCUGAGAAAUGUAAUUUGACAUACAAACAGGUAUUAUUAUAAUAAGUUCUUAGAUUCAAAUAUGGUUUAUAAAUGCAAGAGGAAGAAUAGCCAAUAAGACAUAUGAAGAAAAGAAAUUUAAAAAUAUUGUUAAAUGCAAAUAUUUGUCAAUCAAUAAAGUUUAAUAGAAGCAAACAGAAUGAAUAAUUAUUAUUAAUAAAAUUAUUAAUCAAAGUGCGUAAUUAAGCACUUUAAAUUACAAAUUC